UCAGUUUGGAGAAUGGCGAGUCGUUGGUUGUAGCCUGUAAUGGCGCACAUUUCGGCCUGAUUUCUCGUUUGAUUUUGAAACUUGGAGGCAGAAAUGGCACAAAAUCUACAGAGCAAGAAAGACCAAAGUUCAUCUGGUAAUCGUCCCGCCAGGAGCCAAAGGCGACGAAGUCCCAGUGGAGAACGGCCUAACAUGUGUGAUCUGAGGAUUGUUCUUCUGGGGAAGAAUGUAUCAGAAAACAGCAGAGUCAGAAAGUCAAUCCUGGGAAUAAAUGUGCAUGAGAGUGAUGCACUUAUAGAGCAGCACAAUGUGCUGAAAAUCAGUGAAACAGUGAAGAACAGACACGUCACAGUCAUUGACCCUCUUCAUCUACUGAAUCCUGACAUCUCAGAUCAUCAGAUCACACAGACAGUGAGAGAGUGUGUGUUACUGUCUGAUCCAGGACCUCUUGUGUUCCUAAUCAUACUUCAGUAUAAAGACUUCACCGAGGAGGACCUGAGAAAAGUGAAACAUGUGCUCAACAAAUUCAGUGGAGAAGCGAUUAAACGUGUCAUCAUUGUCAUGACUGAUGAAGAGAGAGAUUACUCAUACAUGAGUCCAGUAAUAAAGCAGACAGCUAUUCAUCAGUUAAUAAAGGAGUGUGGAGAAAGACAUUUGGAGUUUGAAAGAGAAAACCCAGAAUGGCAAUCUGACAUAUUCAAGAGGUUUGAUAAGAUACUUCAGGAGAACAAGGAACAAUAUCUCACAUGUGAAAUAUUUCAUGAUGCUGAAGGAACAUCAGUAGAUGAAGAGCAAAUAUCUCAUGGUUCAGUCAGAUCAGAGGAAAAAUACAUAGAGCGUUCUUAUUACAAAGAUGAUGGAAAACUCGAACAGAGCAAGAGAAGUGAAGAAAGUCUAAUUGAUAUAAGAGAGUGGAUUCACUCCAACUCUAAUUUCUCUGGAAAACAGAAGCUGAACCUGGUUCUGUGUGGAAGUGAUCCAACAUUUAAAGUCUCUGUGUCCAAACUUUUACAUGGAAAAACUAUAAAAUCUUCACAUCAGAGAGAGAGCAGUGAAGAGUGUGUGAAGAAAGAUGAGAAGAUUCAUGGUCGUCAGAUCAGUGUGAUAGAGCUUCCAGCUCUGUCUCGUCUCUCAGAGGAGGAAGUGAUGCGUGAGACUCUCAGCUGUGUGUCUCUCUGUCAUCCUGGAGUUCAUGUUUUCCUCCUCAUUGUUCCUGUUGGUCCACUGACAGAUGAAGACAAAACAGAAAUAGAGAAGAUACAGAAGAACUUUUAUUCCAGAGAGCAUUUCAUAGUAAUGUUUAUCAGUGAAGGCACUGUUAAAAGUCCAGUGACAGACUUCAUAAAAAAAAGCCCAGAAUCUCAGAGGUUAAUCAGUCAUUGUGGAGGUCAGUACUGCGUGAUGGGUUUAAAAGAGCAUGAAAGCGCAAGACAGAUCCCAGAACUACUGGAUUAUAUUGAGAACAUGAAGACUGAACCAUAUUCACUUCAGAUGUACAUGAAGGCUCAGGAGAACAGAGUCAGAUGUGAAACAGAGGAGAAAUAUGAAGAGAAAUUGAUGAAGAUGGAGGAUGAAAUCAAAGAGUUAAAGCAGAAGAUUCAGUCAGGAGGUGCUGAAUGUUCAGAUGAUCAGGAGAGUUUGAGGAUUGUGCUGAUUGGGAAGACAGGAAAUGGAAAGAGUGCAACAGGAAACACUAUUUUGGGAAGACAGGAGUUUGAGAGUCAAAGAAGCCUGGAUUCAGUGACGACUGACUGUAAGAAGGGAGUUGGUGAAGUUGAUGGUCGAUCAGUAGCUGUGGUUGAUACUCCAGGACUCUUUGACACGUCACUUUCAAAUGAACAAGCGGUCAAUGAAAUAGUGAAAUGUGUUUCACUCUCGUCUCCUGGACCUCAUGUGUUCGUCAUUGUGUUGAGUGUGGCGAGAUUCACCAAGGAAGAAGCAGACACUGUGGAUCUGAUAAAGAAGAUAUUCGGUCCAAAAGCUGCUCAGUUCAGUAUUGUUCUGUUCACUGGAGGAGACAAUCUUGAGGGUGAAUCUAUUGAGGAUUAUGUGAAGAGAAGUAAGUCUGCUGAACUGAAGAAACUGAUCAGUGAUUGUGGGAACAGAUUAUUGUCUUUCAAUAACAGAGAAAAACAAGACAGAACUCAAGUGACCCAACUGUUAAACAUGAUAGAAGAGGUGAAGAACAGUAAUCAGGGUCGAUACUUCACUAACAGCAUGUUUGAGGAGGCAGAGAUGUCCAUUAAAAAGAGAAUGGAGGAAAUACUGAAAGAGAGAGAAAGAGAGAUUCAGACUCAAAGAGAAGAAUUAAAAGCCAAAUAUGAGCUGGGUAUGAGAGACAUGAUGAAGAGACUCGAGGAAGAGAAACAAAGAGCAGAUGAGGAGAGAAUGAAGAUGGAGAAUAAAUUCAGAGAAAAAGAGAAACAACUCAGGAAAGAGUCUGAAGAAAAAGAAAAAAGAGAAAAGAAGGAAAGAGAGAAGGAAAACCAGAAACGAUCAAAAGAAGAAAAACAGCGAAGAGCUGAAUAUCAUAAAAAAAUAGAAGAAAUGAAGAGAGAGAUUGAAAACCAGAGAUCACAGUAUGAAAAACAGAAACAAGAAAGAGAAGUAGAAGAUAGAAAGAGAGAAGAGAAAUACAGACGAGAUCGAGAAAAAAUGAAAGAUUUUAUAACAGAGUUAAAGAUGAAAGAAGAAGAGGAAAUAAAAAAGAAAGAUUUAGAGGAGAAAAGGAGGAAAGAACAAGAAGAGAAAGAGAGACAAGAAUGGGUGAAAAAAAUAAAAGAGGCUGAAAAUGACAGAAAAGAGACUCAAGAAGAAAUAAAACGACAACAGAGAGAAUGGGAGGAAGAAAAGAAACGACAGAUGAGAGAACGAGAGGAAGAGGAAAGAAAGAGAAAAGAGAAACUUGAGGAACAGCUGAGAGAAAAACAAGAUGAAAUGGAGAAAAUGAGAAAGAAGUUUGAAAGAGAGAGAGAAGAAGAAAGACAGAAGAUAGAGGAUGAGAGACAGAAACAGAGAAGAGAGAGAAAAGAAAAAGAGAGAGAAUAUGAACGAAAGAAAACUGAAAUGGAAAGACUUUAUGAACAACUGGAACGAGAGAGAAAAGAGGAGUGGGAGAGAAGAAAACGAGAAGAUGAUGAGAGACAAGAAGAAGAGAGUAAGAGAUGGAAAAAAAUGAUUGAAGAUCUAAAACAAGAACAAGAAGAAGAGAUGAAGAGAAGAGAAAGAGAGAGAAAAGAAAGAGAAGAGAAAGAAAGAGAUGAAAUGAAACAGAAACAUGUAGAUGAAAUAAAAGUCAUAAAGAGGAAACAUGAAGAUGAAGCCAGAAAACAAGCAGAAGAAUUUAAUGAUUUCAGAGAGAGAAAAGAGCAACACGUUCAGGAGCUCCAAAAGAUGCUGGAAGAACGUCAGAAACAACGGGAAGUACUGGAAAAACUCUAUCUGCACCUGCAGGAGCAGAAAGGAGCUGAAAUAAAGGAGCUGCAACAAGAAGUUGAAGAACUGAAAAAUAAACCAGGCUGUGCCAUUCUGUGAUUGAUUUAAAAGCAUAAUGAUGAGUGUUUUUACUUUUUGUUUGUUCAUAGUUACUUUAAGCUGUUUGAUUAGAAUUGCCUUGCUGUCAAAAUGAAAAAAGUAAUUGUGUUAUUCUGAUACUGUUUUGAAGUAAUGAAUAAAAUAGCUUAGUUAAUAAA